GUCUCUGCGUUCGUUCUGAGUUCCGUUUACUAUUUGCUUCCUUUAGUCCUAUUCCCGUGGUCCAGGUUGACGCGUAGUGAAAUAUUGUACAUUUUAAACGUCAUAUAUAUCGUGUGACAAAACACGAUGCAACAAAUGAAACGUCUAUUAGAUAUAUAUGUGGCGUUGCAGGCUCUGUUUGCGUUGUCAUGGUGUUUUUCCGACGGAGAGCCGGGGCCUGUAGCAGGUUCUCAGUCGAAUGGAGACCGUUUCAAAAUCGAAGGGCGAGCGAGCGUUCCCGGAGUGAAAACACAAGACUGGAUCUCCACAGCCCUAAUCCUGGUGGAAGGAGAGGAAUAUGUUGGUUUUCUCAAGACUGAUGGGAGCUUUGCUGUCAACGAUGUGCCCUCUGGCUCAUAUGUGGUUGAAAUCGUAUCAUCGUCUUUCAGAUUUGAUCCUAUUCGGGUGGACAUUACCUCCAAAGGGAAAAUGAGGGCACGCUUGGUGAAUUACAUCAAAACAUCUGAAGUUAUUCGACAGCCGUACCCUCUUCAGAUCAGAUCCAGUGGUCCACACACAUACUUCAUGAAGCGGGAAACUUGGGGCUGGACUGAUUUUCUGAUGAACCCAAUGGUCAUGAUGAUGGUUCUUCCCUUAUUAAUCAUUGUCCUGCUCCCAAAGGUGGUAAAUACUAAUGAUCCUGAGAUGAGAAAGGAAAUGGAGCAAUCUAUGAAUAUGUUGAACCCUAACCCAGAAUUGCCAGAUGUUUCUGAAUUUAUGACAAAAUUGUUCUCCAAGGGCUCCAGUAAGUCUGGAGGAGGCAACAAAGGCAGCAGAAGUGUUGCUCUGAAGAGGAGGUAGUGCCGUGUAUUUUGUCGGUUUUCUUUAACACUGUUUUACUGGUU